AAAUAUUACAAAAAAAUCCCCCUUUGUCAUGCCUUCAUUACGGCUUCCUGUGUUCCCAGCUGAAGUGAGGACUUUCUCCAGCUGUUGCUAGCCCCCUAAGACACCCCUACACUGCCAAUGUCAAUGCCUGAGCCAGGGACUCCAGGGGCUGGUGACCUUCGAGGAGGUGGCUGUGUAUUUCACCAGAGAAGAGUAGGCUCUGCUGGACCCUGCUCAGAGAGACCUCUACAGAGACAUCAUGCAGGAGAACUAUGAGAAUGUGACCUCUUUGGCAGGGUCUGCAAUUUCCAAAGCUGACAUGUCCCAUGUGGAACGAGGAAAAGAGUCGUGGGUCCCAGAUCUCCAGGGAUCUGAGGAAAGAGAGAUCCUGAGAAGUGUCUUCACAGGUGAUGGGAUAAUGGAUAAGAACGUGGAGCAGAGUCCUCACCAGAAAGAUGCUGAGCAAGUGGAAGUGCGUGGAGCAUCAUCACGAAGAUCCAAAGGGAAUGUGCCCAGGAGUCAUGAGCAGGGUAAAGCCUGUGACAGGCAGCACAGGCCAGGGAGGCAGCAGGGAAACAAACCACAGGAGAAAGUUGGUAAAUCCAUUAAUUGUCAGGGAACUCAAAAGGACGUCAAGGAAACUACUACUCAGCAGAGAAUCCUCAAGGGGAAGAGAAAAAAUACAUGCAGUGAGUGUGGGAAAAACUUCAGUUACCGCUCAGGCCUUAUUAGACAUGAGAUAAUCCACACAAAAGAGAGACCCCAUGAGUGCUGUGAGUGUGGAAAAAGCUUCAAUCAGACCUCAGCCCUUAUUAGACAUCAGCGAAUACACAGAGGAGAGAGACCAUACAAAUGCCAUGAGUGUGGGAAAAACUUCCCUGACAGCUCAACCCUUAUUAAACAUCAGAGAAUCCACACUGGAGAGAGACCUUAUGUAUGCUGUGAGUGUGGGAAAAGCUUCACUCAGAGCUCAGCCCUUAUUACACAUAAGAGAAUCCACACUGGGGAAAGACACUAUAAAUGCUGUGAGUGUGGGAAAAGUUUCACUCAGCGCUCUGCCCUUAUUACACAUCAGAGACUUCACACUGGGGAAAGACCCUAUGAAUGUUAUGAGUGUGGGAAAAACUUCACUGACAGCUCAGCCCUUAUUAAACAUCAGAGAAUCCACACAAAGGAGAGACCCUAUGAGUGCUGCAAGUGCAGGAAGAGCUUUACUCAGAGCUCAGACCUUACUACGCAUCAGAGAAUCCACACAGGAGAGAGGCCCUAUGAGUGCUGCGAGUGUGGGAAAAGCUUUACUCAGAGCUCAGACCUUACUACACAUCAGAGAAUCCACACUGGGGAAAGCCCUUAUGAAUGCUGUGAGUGUGGGAAAGGCUUCACGCAGAGCUCAGCCCUUAUUACACAUCAGAGAAUCCACACGGGAGAGAGACCCUAUGAAUGUUGUGAGUGUGGGAAAAAAUUCACUGACUGCUCAGCCCUUCUUAAACAUAAGAGAAUCCACACCGGGGAAAGACCCUAUGAAUGCUCUGAAUGCAGAAAAAACUUCACUCAGAGCUCAGCUCUUGUUACACAUAAGAGACUUCACACAGGAGAGAGACCCUAUGUAUGCGCUGAGUGUGGGAAAAACUUCACUCGGAGCUCCGCUCUUAUCUAUCAUCAGAGAAUCCGUAAGGGAGACAAAGACCAUAAAAACCUUGUCUAGGGAUGUUGAAAGAUUUUUUUUUUUUUAGUUAAUACUUUUGCUAAUUCCCACAGUGAUCUUUAAGGCUGUUUGCAUGAUUUGCUUCACCAUCAUCUCUCAACUCCCCCAGGUGAGUUGCCCACUUUUGCCUUUUGCCGUUCAUGCUUCUAUGGGGUGGAUUCUGUGGUCCUUUCUAUCAUCUCCAUUGUCCUAUGAGUCAUGGAAAUGUCUGUCCUUUACCAGAAAUGUGUAUCAGCCCCAGGUGGAGGAGAUAGGAGUGACCUUAUGUAGCUACAUUGGGAUAGAAUCUACCUGGGCCUCAUCACUGUGGAGUUAGUGAGAAUUAGCGAUCAUGAUGUAAAUACACAACAAUUUUUUCAGUAAACAAAUAGCCCAUGUAUAGUGGCCAGAGAUAUCUAGCAUGUUUCCUCAUGACCUGCCCUAAACUCCAUCACUUUUCUUAGUCUAAACUAACCUGGAGCAUCUCAAUUAUACUGUUCCUCCCACUGCAAAGUUACUCUUAGAGUCACCAAGUUCCCCUCUGGGGACAGAUUCUCUCAGUUGCAGUUGGUCUCAAGUGGCCUUGUGUUGCGCAAAGCAGCAGUUAUUCUUUGUACCGUUAUUCUCAUUUAAAAUAUAUUUGAAUAUAAUAAAGAGCAGAAACAUGGGCACACAUACACACAAGUGUCAUUUCAACCUCUAUGACAGUGAAAGGAUAAAGGGUGACUCAGAGGGAGUCCCUGCUUCCCCAUCACCCCAGAAAGUUUACCUCGGUCUGAGCCAUGCACAUUUUAUCUUCUUCAUAUUCUACCCCUCUACCUCCCAAAAAAAAAGCAAUAUUUUCAGCUCUCUGUGCUUGGGAAUGCUGCUUUGAUUUAAAUCAGACUCAUGGGGGCAGGAGAUGAAAGUGUCACAGAUACAGAAGGGGAAUUCAAAUGGGUCCCAAACACAGUGUGAUCAUUCAGAUCAUUUUAAUCCCAGUUUCCAUCUAUUGACAAAGCAACUUAUGGGAAGGUUGGCUGUGGGUCCCCCCUCCCCAUUAUGAUGAUGCUAAAAACUUUUGUAAAUAACACAAUUCAAGAACGAGACCGAGCUGAGUGAAGCAGGUUUAAAUGGACCAGUGGAGAAUGGGAUGGGAGAAUCUCUUGUCCUGAUUCUCAGUCAUCAGAAGUAACCUGCUUUGGAAUUUCACUUCACCUGAAAAUUAAGGUGUCUUGUACCUCUCUCUGAUCUGGGUUUUCCAUCUUUCCUGGAGGUUGUUUGGUCAUAUAGCUGGAUAUUAAUUUUGUUUCACAGAAUGUAUCUCAGAUUUAUUGGGGACUUUGAGACAAAUUAUCAUUUGCUAAUGUCAUCAUGUCUUAAUUGCAUUUUGCUUGCUCCUUGCCUUUCUUGACAUGGAGAAAGUUCAGCUGCAGUUCAGUCAACUGGAGAGGACUCUCCAAUCUACUGGACAUGCUAACAAAGAAAUAGUUGUGUUUUUAAAUCUCCACUCAGAAAUGGUGACCAACAGCAUGCUCCAAACUCUGCUACUAAAAACUGAAGUAACUGCCUGCGAUCACAGUGUUGUUCAGGUGGUUAGGUCAAUAUUGUCUCAAAUGAUCCACCGUAAGUGACUUGUGAUGAGGCAAAAUGUCCAUGUUUUUGUUUCCCAAAGAAUAUGUGAUCCUGGCCCUACAGGAAAUUACUCCUGAAGAUAUCCCCUAGCUAAUCCUAUAUUCUGUGAAAUGCUACUCUUAAUGAUACAGAUGUGGAGAAACAGAUACAAUGUUUUUUGUAAGUGAAUCAAAUGUGUUUAAACUAAAUUCAGGAUUGAAUGUGAGAUACUGCAGGGAAUAACUAUUUUCAAAUAGAAACUCCAUCUCUGGUUGUUUACAGGGAGUCUGACCCAGACCUGUAUCUAGUUUCUAAUUUAGACUAGCGCCACCAAAUUAAAGAACUAAACUGGGUAUGUUUGGGGAACCCGUUCCUCACUUACAUGCUGACAUUCUGCAAGGUUUGGUAAAGGAUUCUCCACUGGAGAAGUGCAAAUUUACCCUAACCAAGACCAAGGAUUUGGCAAGAACUUGAGUAGAAAUAGUAGGCACAUAGUUGUUGGUUUUCACCCCUGAAAAGGAAGCUGUGGUGAACUAUGGCCCAGGUAAAACUGUUUUUGAAAUACCACUCCCUAGUUCAGUAGCACGGAUUACAGUCCCAAAGGAUGCCAUGGUUAGAUUGGGAAAAAUUGUCCUUUGCUAUUUCUAUCCAAAGUUUCAUGAGGCAAAGACAGAGAGUCCUUCAUAGGACGUUCCUUCCCCAUGGAUCCCAAACUGGCUGCCUGAGUGGGUAACAAGAACUUUCAGGCUGUAGAAAUGAUGGUGACCGGUCAGGCAAUGAAUGUGUUGGGCUCCAAUUUCAGAUCACAGGAUACACGAAUGUUGAAUCCUGAUUCUAUGGUUUUGUGUCUGACACUGUGGCUACACAAUAAAGCUGAUGUUGGCACAGCUGCACCAAUGUAGCUGCGCUGCUGUAGCACUGUUAUUACAGGCGCUCUAAGCCAACUGGAGAGAUCUCUGUUCGAACUUGAUUAAUCCAGCCCCCGCAAGUGGCAGUGGCUAUAUUGGCAGGAGAAGCUCUCCCACUGAUAUAGCGCAAUCUACACAGGGUGGUGUACGUAUGUUGCUCACCGGUGUGGAUUUGUCACACCCCUGAGUAACGUAGUUAUACUGAUAAAUGUCUUCAGUGUAGACCAGAUGUUAGUUUUCUCUUGUGUUUUGUGCAUUAACAUCAUUUCUCCUCUACCUCCUCCUACUUUUAAAGAUUAAAAAGUGUGAAAAGAAGAGAGAGGUGUUUUUCCUCAUGAUGCAAACAUUCCCACAUAGGAGACCCCUUCCACCAACACACAUGGCAGAAGAUCCAGAGAUAUAUGAACUCACCGAAGUGGGAGGCACCUGCAUUGGGACAAACCACACCUUGACCUAACGGUUCAGUUGUUAGCAAUGGAGAUUAAAAGAAAACUAACAGAUAUGACAAGAAUUUGUGAUCUUUGAAUAUGUUAUUGUUACCAAUGAAAAUUAAAAUUAUAGGUGAAGUUAUUGGUUAAAGAGU